CCCUUGGGAUCUUUUAGGGGAUUUGGGGCUGAAGGAACAGCAGGGACUAUGCAAUAGGAGGACGGGCAGGGCCUGGGAGAAGAGUGGUAAGUGGUGUCUUUAUUCCUGAUACCGGCUACCGGCUACCGGGAGAUAGAGGCUGUCCGCGUGGGUAGUGGUUCUUUUGAUAUGCCCCAGGCACUGGGGCAAAAUGCUAACGGAGACUCCAGUUCUGGUUUCUGCGGCCAGCCCACGCCUCCUGCCUCAGCUUCACGCCACUCCCUCCUUGCCAAGUGGCUCUCGCUCCGGAGGCGGGACCGAGUUCUCCGGUGGCCCCGGGAGGCUUGGGGCUGCGAGCUCUGGGAGGUUGGGAGGGGAGAGAGAGAGAUCGGCGCUGACUGGGCAGCUCAGAGGAGGGGGACCCUUUAAUAGGCUCGCUCAGAGCCUGCUUUGCAGCGCUGCGAGUGGCUGCGAUUCGGAGAAGCCACCCGGGGCACCUCCCGCCAAGUUCUCCCGCGGCAAAUCUUCGUUCUUGCACUUGACAGCGAUUGUUCUUAAAGCUCCCCGGGAGCGCUUUCCUUGGAAAGGCACAGGUAGGAGGCGCGGGCUGCCCGGUGCACGCUUGCUGCUCUGCGAGGAGUCUCCCAGCCUGGGUUGGCUCUCUCUUUUUUGGGGGGUGGUGGUGAGGGGAGCUGCUGGCUGUCCCAGGGAGCGCUGGUGUGCCGGUGUGCGGCUGCAAGGAGACCGUGCCUGACGCCGGGGAGCCAGGACAAGCCCCUUCCCAGAGCGCGGCUGUGCGCGGCCCGGCGCCAUGCUUCUGCUGGGCGUCUUAGCGCUGGCUCUCCUCGGGCGACCUGCUGGCGGCUCCGAACCAGACUGGGAGGUGGUGGUCCCCAUCCGCCUGGACCCGGACAUCAACGGCCGCCACUACUACCGCAGGGGUCCCGAGGACUCCGGAGACCAGGGACUCAUUUUUCAGAUCACAGCGUUUCAGGAGGACUUUUACCUACACCUGACGCCGGAUGCUCAGUUUCUGGCUCCCGCCUUCGCCACCGAGUAUCUGGGUGUCCCGCUCCAGAGGCUCACCGGCAGCUCUCUGGAUCUGCGACGCUGUUUCUACUCGGGCGACGUGAACGCGGAGCCGGACUCGUUCGCAGCAGUGAGCCUGUGCGGGGGUCUCCACGGAGCCUUCGGCUAUCGGGGCGCAGAGUAUGUCAUUAGCCCGCUGCCCAACGCCAGCGCGCAGGCGGCGCAGCGCAACCGCCAGGGCGCACACCUCCUCCAGCGCAGGGGUGCCCCUGGCGGCCCUUCCGGAGACCCCACUUCUCGCUGCGGGGUGGCUUCAGGCUGGAACCCCUCCAUCCUGAGGGCCCUGGAUCCUUACAAGCCCGGGAGGACGGGUUUGGGGGAGAGUCACAGCCGGCGCAGGUCCGGACGCGCCAAGCGCUUCGUGUCAAUCCCACGGUACGUGGAGACGUUGGUGGUGGCGGACGAGUCCAUGGUCAAGUUCCACGGUGCGGACUUGGAACAUUAUCUGCUGACGUUGCUGGCCACGGCAGCUCGGCUCUACCGCCAUCCCAGCAUCCUCAACCCCAUCAACAUCGUCGUGGUCAAGGUGCUGCUUCUUGGAGACCGUGACUCCGGGCCUAAGGUCACAGGCAACGCGGCCAUGACUCUACGCAACUUCUGCGCCUGGCAAAAGAAGCUGAACAAAGUGAGCGACAAGCACCCUGAGUACUGGGACACGGCCAUCCUCUUCACCAGGCAGGAUCUGUGUGGGGCUACCACUUGUGACACCCUGGGCAUGGCCGAUGUGGGUACCAUGUGUGACCCCAAGAGAAGUUGCUCUGUCAUUGAGGAUGAUGGGCUCCCGUCAGCCUUCACCACUGCCCAUGAGCUGGGUCAUGUGUUCAAUAUGCCCCAUGACAACGUGAAAGUGUGCGAGGAGGUGUUUGGAAAGCUCCGAGCCAAUCACAUGAUGUCCCCCACUCUCAUCCAGAUCGACCGAGCCAACCCCUGGUCAGCCUGCAGCGCUGCCAUCAUCACUGACUUCCUCGACAGUGGGCAUGGCGACUGCCUUCUGGACCAGCCCAGCAAGCCCAUCUCCCUACCUGAGGACCUGCCGGGCACUAGCUACACCUUGAGCCAGCAAUGCGAGCUAGCCUUUGGUGUGGGCUCUAAACCCUGCCCAUACAUGCAGUACUGCACAAAGCUGUGGUGCACUGGCAAGGCCAAGGGACAGAUGGUAUGCCAAACUCGCCACUUCCCCUGGGCAGAUGGCACCAGCUGUGGUGAGGGCAAGUUCUGUCUCAAAGGGGCCUGUGUGGAAAGACACAAUCUCAACAAGUACCGGGUGGAUGGUUCCUGGGCCAAGUGGGAGCCCUAUGGUUCUUGUUCUCGCACCUGUGGUGGGGGUGUUCAGCUGGCCAGGAGACAGUGCAGCAAUCCCACCCCUGCCAAUGGGGGCAAAUACUGUGAGGGAGUGAGAGUCAAGUAUCGGUCUUGCAACCUGGAGCCCUGCCCUAACUCAGCUUCUGGCAAGAGCUUCCGGGAGGAGCAAUGUGAGGCUUUCAAUGGCUAUAACCACAGCACCAACCGCCUUACCCUGGCUGUGGCAUGGGUACCCAAGUAUUCAGGUGUGUCUCCCCGGGACAAGUGCAAGCUCAUCUGUCGAGCCAAUGGUACUGGCUACUUCUACGUGCUAGCACCCAAGGUGGUGGAUGGUACACUGUGCACUCCUGACUCUACCUCAGUGUGUGUUCAAGGCAAAUGCAUCAAAGCUGGCUGUGAUGGAAACCUGGGCUCCAAGAAGAAGUUUGACAAAUGUGGGGUGUGUGGUGGAGACAAUAAAAGCUGCAAGAGGGUGACAGGACUCUUUACCAAGCCCAUGCAUGGAUACAAUUUUGUAGUGUCCAUCCCUGCAGGAGCCUCGAGCAUAGAUAUCCGCCAGCGGGGCUACAAGGGACUUAUUGGGGAUGACAAUUACCUGGCCCUGAAGAACAGCCAAGGCAAGUACCUGCUCAAUGGGCACUUUGUGGUGUCGGCGGUGGAGCGGGACCUGGUGGUGAAGGGCAGCCUGCUUCGGUACAGCGGCACAGGCACAGCGGUGGAGAGCCUGCAGGCUUCUCGGCCCAUCCUGGAGCCGCUGACGGUGGAGGUCCUCUCCGUAGGCAAGAUGACACCACCCCGGGUCCGCUACUCAUUCUAUCUGCCCAAAGAGCCCCGGGAGGACAAGUCCUCUCACCCCAAGGACCCUCGAGGACCCUCGGUGCUGCACAACAGCGUCCUCAGCCUCUCGAAUCAAGUGGAGCAGUCAGAUGAAAGGGCCCACGCACGCUGGGUGGCAGGCAGCUGGGGGCCUUGCUCAGCAAGCUGUGGCAGUGGCCUGCAGAAGCGAUCGGUGGACUGUCGGGGUUCUCCAGGACAACUUGGGGUCUCUGCCUGUGAUACAGCCCAUCGGCCAGUAGAGGCACGAGCCUGCGGGGAGCCCUGCCCAACCUGGGAGCUUGGGACCUGGUCACCCUGCUCCAAGAGCUGUGGCCGUGGAUUUAAGAGGCGUCCUCUCAAGUGUGUGGGUCAUGGAGGCCGGUUGCUGGCCAGGGACCAGUGCAAUCUACGCCGCAAGCCCCAGGAACUGGACUUCUGCAUCUUGAGGCCCUGCUGAGUGGGACGGUCCCAUUCUUCCCCUCAUUCUCUGGCCGGCUGAUGUGCUGGUGCUCUGGCCAGCUGGAGCAGAGGACUGUAGGCAAGGCCUGUGCCCUGAUGCCACUUGCCUCCAGGACUAGGGCCAUGGGUUGGGGAGAGAGGUUCCCUUCUCCCUGGACUGGGCAGGGGGAAGACAAUGAGUGCACAGUCUACCUCAUGCCCUGCUCCUUUGGGGGACCCAGUUGCAAGGAGAGGCCACAAGGUGCGGGGCUGGGCAGAAGGUGCUGAGGGAGGCCAGUGUUGUAUGCCCCCACCCACCCCCAGGAAGAACUUCAGGGACCUCAACUCCCAAGGGAGGCCACAGGCUGCUGGAAGAGUCAUGGCCCAAUAGCAUGCCACCAUGAGGUGGCUCCAGGGAGCUCUCUGUGAGAUGUCUCUGAACCAGGCAGGGAUUUCACGGUGCUCUCAGUCCUCCUUCCUUUUCUGACAGACAUGGACUGAAUUAUAAAGUCUGCCCUUGGGAGUAGGCAGUAGCCAAGGGGAGAGUGAGCAUGGGUUGUGACUGGACUUGGGUCCCUUCCACUUGGGAAGAGGAGUCGACCACAAGUCCUAAGGUUCCUCAUCCUCCAUCGUAGCCUAUCCUGAAAGACCAGCCUCUUCUCUCCUCCCCCGAAGGCCAGAGUGUCAGACUGGCAGAGGGCCACCAAAGUGUUCUCUGAGGCUUUGCAGGCAGAUGAUCCACAUCUACAGAGCCCAUCUUCCCUAGGAGGGAGCUGGCCAAUGCAAACAGAUGCCAUCACUUAGAAAAUGCAGGGAAUGUAAGGAGAGAUCUAGAAGGCUCUGGCGACAUUGCAUUUGGGGUGGGAGUGCUGUGCUCUUGGGGUUGGAUUCAGGAAUACAUAUAAGGAAUACAUCUUCCUGAGAAGGAUGUAAGGCUGAUGCUGAAGACACUGCCUUGCUCUAGAGAACACCCAACAUGGCCAUAACCCUGGAAUAUACAGGCCUGGGGGUGGGAGGUGCUGAAUACCCAUGUGCCUCUAAGUAAGUAUUCAUUCCGACAGCUCCUGCUGUCUGUCUGCCAUGGGCACAUCAUAUUGCAUCUCCAGGUCUUUGCCUGUCCAGUUAAUAAAUGGGCCUCACUCUUUGCUACCUCAGAUUGUGCUCUCUGGAAACCCACCUUAUCUCUCUCCAGGGUCAGAAUUGAUCUGGUGCUUCCUCCACCCCCAGCCAUAGAGAAGAGCAUGUGGUACAUGCUUUCCACAGCCUGGCCACCUGCUACAGCUCCCAAUAGGAAGACAAGGGUCUCUCUCUUCAGGUUCUUUGGCUGCAGAUUUCAAGAGCACCAAAAAUCAGGGACCUGAUUGCAGCCACCAGUAGGAACUGCUAGAAACACACCUUUCUUGUAGGUGCUGGCAAGGGACUAGAAGCCCAGGUGUUUCUUACAGUGUCAAGUGAGGAAAUAUGUUGGAGUUAGAGAUCCUUUAGCUAGGCAGGGUAAUUUCUAAGGUGCAGAUGCCCAGGGGAUAUUCUACUUCAAAGUCUAGGUGAAAAGUUCAGGACCUCAGUGGAGAAUGUCAUUAAGGUAAGACCUGCAUGUAUUUUCCAUGAGAAGGGGGUUCAGUCUUUUUAUUUGAUUUUCCCUAAUAGUCAAACCCUUGGAAUGGUGUUCCAACCCUGUUCCCAUCUCAGGCUAAUGACCUUGGACAAGACUCCUGCAGGGGCUAGCUCUCUGAGACAGGGCUGCAGUCACCCUGGAAUGACAGAGUUAGGAAUCCAUCCUGCUUCUUGUACCUGUGAGCAUGGAGAGACUACAGAGACAAAAGGGCCCCAGGUCAGGGAGCCUUGCCAGACAAUGACAGCAACAAUCCAGUUCUUGGAGCCUUCUCUUCUAGCUGAAGAGAGGGUAUGCAGAGGCUGUGUGG